AUGGAAGAACAUACUGUCAGUAAUAACAACAUGCACAGGGUUUUUUUGCACAUAUCUGAAUACCCUCCAGAUGCUAAUCAAGGACCUAAUAUUCCGUCAGCUGCAAUAAGCUUUCCCAACUUCCACGCAACCAUGUUUUUCCCUAGCAAUGUCUCUGUGAGGAAGCCACCCUUGCUGUCUAAGUUUCAGGAAAGGAAUCAUGCUUUCUCUUACACUAAAGCAUUGCCUGUGCCUCUUACAACCCCUGAUUUUAGCAUGCCGACAAUAUCAUCACAAUCACUUGCACGCUGCUGUAAAAUCCGUUCCCCGUCUGAACUGCUGUCCAGAUUCUCUGCCAAGCUUUCAGAUUCAUCACCAUUGAUGAAUUCCAAGUCAGACUUAAAAGUCUUGUUAGUGGCUGCAUUCGCCGUUGUUUGGCAAUACUAA